AUGCUGCGGCGCGCCUUCGAGGCCGGUCUCGCCUCCGGCAAGCUAACCCGGCCCAAGGGUCAAGCCGAGGCCCGUCUGCUUUCCGGCCGGUACCGCCUGGCUUCCAAGGAGAAGGCCGGAGCCCGCAGCCGCCGCGCCCAAGCCCAAGAAGGUCAAGUCGCCGGCCAAGAAGGCGGCCGUGAAAGAAGGUCAAGAAGGCGAAAGACGCCGAAGAAGAAAGCUGCACCGGCCGCCGCCAAGAAGGCGAAGUCUCCCAAGAAGGUCAAGAAAACCCCGAAGAAGCCCGCCGCCAAGAAGGCUCCGGCGAAGAAGAAGAGCCCCAAGAAGGCAGCGAAGAAGGCGUAA